AUGUCGAUAUCAUCGAAGUCAGCAUAUCAGGUCAACGGAAAACCCCUUUCGCAGGAGGCUCUGUACCGGGCCAAGCUCAAGUACGGAGUAUACGCCAAACCGGGCGUUACUACCGUUGGAGUCGACUCUUCAGCCUCAGAUACCGCUGCAUUGUUGGCCGCCAGUACUGAUUUGUCCAUCCACCCCUACAAACGUGAACUCAGCGCGGAUGCCGCCACCGCAGCGUUGGUUGCUAAGCAGGACUCAGCGCCUAAGGCCUGGAGACGUGAGUCGGUUGCCCCCGAGGCUGAAUACGCUGCCAUCAGCGCUAAAAGUCAGAAGUAUCCUUUCUUGGACUCUUCUUCUGUUGUUGACACCGAAGACUCGCAGGACGCUGCUUCAUCUGUGUUGAAACGCUCCACUAACUCGGUCGCACGUGAUGCGCUCCAGGACCUCUAUGAUUUUGACGAGAUUCGCUUUGGCACGGCUACCAUGUCCAACUCAGCCUCAACUCAUCGUCGCAUCUAUGACCACCGUUCUGGAAUCCAAACUUCUCACAAUGGCUACGAAGGAGGUAAGAACUAUGACAUUGGAAAGGUGUCCAAGAACGCCCAGUCGUCAGCCACUCGGACCAUGGACAAACGUUCCAACCCUCAAUUGGACUACCGUUCCGGGCUUGCAACGGCAAAUUCCUUCAACACUGCCAAUGGCAACGUGGAUAUCUCCAAGAUUACGUCUAACGCCCAGAAAUCUGCUACUCGUACCAUGACAUUGAGAUUGGAGGGAACCAGAACCGGCCCACAGUACGGAAUCCCAACUCCAGGCGAUUAUGCACACAACGAGUCCUUUGCCUCGGUUGGUGCGCUUGCCUCGCAGCAGUUUGAGUAUGCGCAGAAGGAGAAGGCCAGUGUUCCCAGAAACAGCCUGAUCGACACCAAGGUGCUUGCAAAGGCCAUGGCCAACGCAGAUGCCACUCUCGGCAGGAUUGAGAACUCCAUCACUGCAGACAACCUGUUUUCAUCCAAGGAGAUGAACAUCAAGGCCAUUCAGAUUGCGCAGGCCAACCUUGCCAAGCGCAAGACGGUAUCCAACAAGAUCAACCUUGGAGGCGGUCUUUUGCUUUCCCCAGAGGAACUGAAUAAGAUGGCUGAGUCCAUUGUUAAGCCAAUCAUGGUGGACAUUGAUGCCAAGGCCGAAGCGCAGCGCAAGGCUGAUUGGGCCAAGCACAACCAGCACGAGGAGCUCAAGAAGAAGCGGAUCGAGUACAAGGAGGAGCAGAAACGUCUGAAGAUCGAGGCCAAGCAGCGCAAAGAAGCUGAGAAACAGGCCCGUAAGGCUAAACUGCUUGCCGACAAGGAGGCCGAGAAACAGGCCCAAGUUGAGCUCACGAGGCAGAAGCAGCAGGAGCAUGACGAUAAGAAAAAGGAGCUUGCUGACCAGACCACCGCCGAGGAGGAAGCUCAGACGGCCAAACUGGCCGAGAGACAGGCUCUGCUCGACAAGAUCAAGAGCGAGCAGGACGAAAAGCUUGCUGAAAGAAACGGAAUCCUUUCUCAAUUGCAGUCUGAACACGACGAAGAUCUAGCUCCACAUCUUGAGGAGUUGGAGGUUGAGACAGGAAAACUGGAUGAGCUCGUUUCCAAGAGAAAGGCCGCCGAGUUGUUUGCUUCUGAGCAAGCCGAGCGUGCUGCCACUGCUAAGUCCUCCUACGAGACUACUUUGGCCAAGUUGGCUGAGGUGGAGGCCCAAAUCGCAGAGGUGGAGGAGAAGCUUGCUACUGCUAAGACUGACUCUGAGCGUGAGACCGCCGAGGCCGAGAAGGUCAAGGCACAGGCUGCCUUGGAUUUGGAGCAGAAGGAGCGCGAAGAGGCCGAAUUUAUCGAGAAGAGAACUGCUCAUCUUGGUGAGAUUGACCAGCUUGGUGAGGAACACUCUAAGGUGGUUGCAGAUCUCCAGGCCCAGAAGCAGGUUGCUCUUGACGAGGAGUCCCACAUCCAAUCGGUGCUCCCUGAACAUCUUCGUAAGGACGUGACGGAUACCGUUUCGGUUGAGUCUGAGAUCGACACCAAGCCAUUUGCGGAAUCCGAUAUCGAGGCCGAUUCCGAGGCCGAAGAUCAGUUCGAUGCAGACGAUGAGAUUCGCUUCGCCGAGAAGAAGCCUUCUGUUCCAAAGAAGACGUGGGCCGAUAUCAAGAAGCCUGAAAACUUUGAGGCUGGUAUGGACCCUUUGCUGAACAUUUCCACCAAUGAAAAGCCCCCAAUGACGGCAGUGGUCUCGGGCAACAUCCAGGACAUUUUGACACAGGCAAGAGCGGCGCCUCAGAAGGCAGCUGCUUCCGGAAAGACAGCCAAAUCUGCUGUUGCUGCAGGUGCCUCUCCAAAGAAGAGUGGUUUCAGAUCCAAGCUCAAGAGCAUCUUUUCCACGGACGCGAAGCCUGCUUCGCCUGUGAAGGCCCCAGUCAAGGCGGCGGCUAAGCCUGUUGCAAAGCCUGUUGCAAAGCCUGUUGCAAAGCCAGCAGAGGUUCCUAAGGAAGAGGAAGAGAAUGAAUUGGAACAGACCUUUAGCGGGUUCUCGCAAGGUUCUGAGGUUGAGGCACCCACCAAGGACGUGGCGAAGGAGGAAGAGGAGUAUGUUGUCGUUCCAAAGGAGGAGAAUGUUGAAGAGAAGGUUCAAGCCUAA